AUGGCCGACGAAGCAGCUCGCGCUCACGCCGCUGAAGUGGCGCGCGCUAAUGAAGAAGGAAGAGAUCCACCUCCUCCUCCUCCUAAUCCACAAGAUCCUGCUGGAGAUGUGAAUGUGCAACCUCAAGCGCACCAAACAAUCGGAGACUAUGACUCUGCCGAUGCUUUCUUCACGGAUAGAAACCCUAUCCAUCCACCACUUCCUGCAAGGAAUGACUAUGAGAUCAAGCCUCAGAUCAUAGCAUUGGUUAGACAGAACCAAUUCAAUGGCCUUCCAGCCGAGCAUCCUCUUGAUCACAUAGAAAACUUUGAAGAGAUUUGCAGCACUACUAGAUCCAAUGGAGUCUCAGCUGACUACUUGAAGUGCAAGCUCUUUUCAUUCUCUCUUGGCGACAAAGCUUCAAGAUGGUUGAAGUCUCUGCCAGCUCACUCCAUUACCACUUGGGAUGAGUACAAGGCCGCUUUCAUCAACCACUUCUACACCAAGCAAAGAUCAGUUUCUGUAAGGAACAAGAUCUCCAACUUUCGCCAAGCCAACAAUGAAUCUUUCUAUGAGGCGCUAGACCGAUUCAAGGAGUACAUUAGGGACUGCCCUAAUCAUGGUUUCAAUGAGGGAAACCUAUGGAACAUCUUCUAUCGUGGCAUAGACCACAAGUACAAGCUUUCAUUGGACACUGCAAGCAAUGGAAACUUCAUGACCAAGACUGUUGAUGAAGCUAAGGUUCUUAUUGAGAAUCUUGCAGCUAGUGAUUGUAACAACUGUCCUGAUUAUGACCGCUCAAGCCGCACCACUACUAGCUCCCCUGAUUCUUUUCAAAUGACUGAACUCAAGAACAUGAUGGCUCAAGUUCUUAAGGGACAGCUCAAGCAUAUCAAUGCAAUAGAAGGGAUGAGUGAUGCUAAUGAAGACCCAUCAAGAGAAUGCAUGGGAGAUUUCUCUAAUGAAGCCAAUGAAGAAGAUGUGAACUACAUUGGAAACUAUGGGAACAAGGGAUACAAUCCAAGCUAUCGCCCAAACCCCAACAUGUCUUAUAGAAACCCCAAUGUGGAGAAUCCUCAAGACCAAGUGUAUCCUCCAAGGUAUCCACAACAACAAAGACCUCCUUACCAAUCUCAAGGAAGUCAAUUUCAGCCAAGGCAAGGGUAUGAGCAGAGAUCAUCAUAUCCGCCCAAGGAGCCAUAUGCUUCUUCACCAAAUCAAGCUCCUCCAAACCAACAAGGUGGAAGAUUUGAAGGAAUCCUCCAACAGAUCAUGGAUGGCCAGAAAAGGAAUAAAGAGAUGUAUGAGAAGAUGGACACUUUGUUCAGCAAUCUCAACACCAAGUAUGAUGCUGUUGCCACUCAUGUGAAGAAACUAGAGACUCAAGUCACCAAACUAUGGAAGCUGUUAAGAGACAGGAAGCUGAAUCCAAGAAGUCCUUUUGCAACUCAGCCGCCAUAG